AUGUGCGUAGUGCAAGAAAACAAGGACAAAAAGGUACGUCCAGUGGGAGAUUUCCGAGCUCUCAACGAAUUUGUAAAUUGUCAUACGGCAAAUGCGGACGUUUGUCAAGAAAAACUGCGUUGCUGGAGAAAAAUAAAAAAUGCAAAAAUUCUCGAUCUUAAAAAAGCCUACCUCCAAAUUCAAAUUGAUAAAAAACUUUGGCCAUAUCAAACGGUGAUUAUAAAUGGGCAACGGUAUUGUUUUACCAGGAUGUGUUUUGGCAUCAAUGUGGCUCCAACAAUAAUGACCACAAUUCUUCGGCAUGUGCUCAAUUUAAAUCCAACCGUAAAGAAAGCAUGUGAUAACUACAUUGAUGAUAUAUUUGUGGAUGAAAGUGUGGAAACUGCGAAAAAUGUAGCGAAGCAUCUGCUUAAAUUCGGAUUACAAUGUAAACCUCCACAAGAUCUUGAACAAGGACGUGUCUUAGGAUUGAGAGUCGAAAGAAAUAAAAAUGGGGAACUGAUAUGCCAGUUAGGAAAACUUAUUGGACAUUACCCAGUGGCAGGAAGUUUGCGUUUACAAGCUUCAUACAUCAAACGUUUAGCUGGAAAUAUACCUUGGUGUGAUUUUAUUUCUGAAGAUUGUAAAGAAAAACUGAAAGAGUUGCUUUACCGUGUGGAAAAAGAGGAUCCGGUUGGUGGAAAAUGGCUGGUACCAGUUAAUGGAAAAGCUGAGCUUUAUUGUGAUGCAUCAUCUAUAAGACUUGGGGUAGUUCUUCUCAUUGGUGGAGUAGUUGUUGAAGACGCAGCAUGGCUACGGCCAGCGAGUGACACACACCAUAUCAAUAUAAGUGAACUGGAUUCUAUACUUCGAGGACUAAACUUAGCUAGUAAGUGGGGCAUAAAAGAGUUAACAGUAUACAGUGAUAGCAAGAGCACCGUAGGAUGGUUAAACGCAGUUUUGAAGGAAGAAUAUCGCGUAAAAACUCGGGGAAUUUCUCAAUUGUUUGUACAAAGACGAUUGAAUACUAUUAAGGAAGUGGCAAAAGAUAUUCAGAUCGCAGUACAAUGGAUUCCAUCUGAGAUAAAUUUGGCUGAUCGACUCUCACGAAUCUCUCAAAAAUGGUGCAGAACAGUGUGUGCAGCUGGAUUACUUGAACAAAAAGACAUAUGGAAAAUUCAUUCAAUUGGUCAUUUUGGUGUUGCUCGAACAUUACAACUUUGCUUGCGAAAUAAUCAGAAUGUAUCACGUAAGGAGGUUUCAGCAGUAAUUGCGAAUUGUAACCAGUGUAACUCUAUUGAUCCUUACUUCGUAAAGUGGAAGAAUGGCCAACUAAGCGUAGAAAAAAAUUGGAAUCGGGUUGCCAUUGACGUGACGCAUGUAGGCGCUGAACUGUACUUAUCAAUGAUUGACUGUGGUCCAUCACGGUAUACAAUAUGGCGUAAACUAGUAACUAAAGCAGCUGCUGAAGUUGUUGGUAGACUCGAAGAAAUAUUCUCUUUAUUUGGUCCGCCAGUAUGUCUUCUAAUGGGCAACGAAUUUCGGUCCAACACGUUAACAAGUUUUGCUGAAGAAUGGCAUGUUAAUUUGGAAUAUCGAGCAGCACAUCGAGCUCAAGGUAAUGGUAUAGUUGAACGUUUACACAGAACGAUAAAAAGAACGGUCGCUCGCUCACAUUGUUCAAUCGCUCUGGCAGUCUUGCUGUACAACGAGACAAUAUCAUCCAAUUGUACUGAAAGUCCAUCCAAGCAAUUCAAGAAAAGAUCGACAUGUUUCAUCCUAGGCGUCGAUACUCGGAGGAAGGUAGACGAGAAAGGCAUAAGCAAAAAAUUCAAAGUGGGUGACAAUGUUUGGGUAAAACCAACUCAAGAAACAAAAUGUGACCAGCCGUGGAUACCAGGAGUAGUACGAAAGCAAAAUACUUUGUCGUUUGACGUGGAAACUGCGAAUCGGGUAUAUCCGCAUCACAUUUCACACCUGCGUCGCCGUACAGACGUACAGAGUUCAAAUGAAUCAGUCAACGAUGUUUUUUAUAGACUAAACGAUAAAACUAAUAACGUUAAAGGAAGUUAUAAUGAUGAUGUCGCUCAAGUUCAAAAUGAUUCUCAAGAACUCAACGUGCUGCAAGUAACACGCUCCGGACGAACAGUAAAGCCCCCACAAAGAUUAGACUUAUGA